GGAUAAGACAAAAAGAAAACCCGGAACACUGAUACUCUGUAAUAAUGUCUUUGACUGUUCACAGGAAAGCACCCUAAAAGGACCCUUCACUUAUACUCUCUCUCUAUAAAAAAAACACUACUUUCCUCAAAACUCUUUCAUCGAUCUUCUCUUUUUCUCUGAUUAUCAUGAUGAAGUUGGUGUGUUUGAAACCCGGCCCGAAACCAAAUCCGAUCCAGAAUAAUGCGAAAGAGAUUCGUUACAGAGGCGUGAGGAAACGUCCAUGGGGGAGAUACGCGGCGGAGAUCCGAGAUCCACGUAAGAAAACUCGUGUAUGGCUAGGAACGUUCGACACUGCUCAGCAGGCGGCACGUGCCUAUGACGCUGCAGCGCGUGAGUUUCACGGCAGUAAAGCUAAGACGAAUUUCCCGACGUUUCUAGAGCCUAACGUGAACGACGGCGGCUACUCACGUAGUCCUAGUCAGAGUAGCACCGUCUACUCCACCUCUCCCACGGCGGCGAGAUUGGUUACGCCUCCGCAGCUCGAGCUCAGCUUAGGUAAUGGCGGCGCGUGUUAUCAGAUUCCCGUUGCGCGUCCUGUUUACUUCUUUAACGUGAAGGCGUUCAAACCCGCUGCUACGUGUGGGGUCCAGAGCGAGUCUGAUUCGUCUUCGGUCGUUGAUUUCGAAGGUGGAGCUGAGAGGAAAUCUCAGCCGUUGGAUUUGGAUCUUAACUUAGCUCCUCCGACGGAAUAGGCGGUUUCUUCAGUCUAUGAGGCGUCGCUUUUUGCUAAUUAAGAGAGAUUGCGUUCUUCUAGUAGGUUUUUUAUUUUCUGUCUAAAAAAUAUAUUGGGGGUGAUUGGUUGAACUGUAGAUUUAAAAUUUUUAUUGUAGAAUUUAGACUGUAGAUGUUUUUGAUGUAGUUGUAUCUAAUGUAGCUGUAGAAAUUAAAUGAAAAAAAAUAUAAAAGGAAAGAUAUUCCUACAACAAUCCUACAGCAAUAACUUUUUGCUUUAGAAAAUAGGAUU